GUUUUAUAGAGUUCUUUUUUUGUAAGAGGUGCAUAUUGAUAGAAAUUAUGGCUGGAAUAAAAUCUGCUAAAAGUGCUUUACGUAAAAAAAUGAAAGAUAUUAUUACACAACUUAAUACUGAAGAGAAACAAAGACAAUCAAUGAAGGUAUUUGAUAAACUAUGUUCUCUACCACAGUUUCGAGAAAGCACAAGAAUUUCCUUAUAUCUAAGCACAAAAGAUGAAAUUGACACAAUUGAAAUAUUAAAAUAUAUAUUUGAAAGAAAAAAGGUCGUAUUUAUUCCUAGGUAUAAAGGAAAAGAAAUGGAAAUGGUUAAACUACUUUCGAUGCAAGAUUAUGAAACACUACCAUUAACCAAAUGGAAUAUUAAACAACCAAAUGUUAAUGAACUUAGAGAAAACGCAUUACAAACUGGUGGAUUAGAUUUAAUACUUAUACCAGGUGUUGCAUUUACUGCUAAUGGAAAACGUUUGGGACAUGGAAUGGGUUAUUAUGAUAAAUUUUUGGACUUAUGUUUAAAGAAACAACAAAAAAUACCGCACUUAAUUGCACUGGCAUUUAAUGAACAAUUGUGUGAAGAUAUUCCUACAUCUGAAAAUGAUAUACUUUUGGAUCUUGUACUUACAGAAAAAUAAUUUAUUAUGAGAAAAUUUACGUUUUGUAUUCAUGUUCUUAAUUUAACUGUAUUUUCUAAUAAAUAAGUUAAAUAUAAAAAUACAUUAACUAAUAUAAA